CUAUAUCAAGGUUGCAUUAGUCGCGUCACAAUGGUCCCUCACCGUUAUUAUCCCACCACUAUACAUCUACCACACUUUGUCGCCAAUGAAACUUCGGUAGUUUCCUUAAUCGCUCAAUUUGGCUUCCUAUGGGCUGCCGUCUUGGGGAUUGCCUUUCUCAUUAUACGACGGGUGCGACCGAAGGCAAGUUGGGCGGAUAAAUUGGCCUUUGUGUGGAUGUGCUUGACGGGGUUCAUUCAUUUAUUCUUCGAGGCCUACUUUGUGAUCCAUCAUGAGACCCUGGCAGGCUCACAGGAGCUAUUCGGCCAGCUAUGGAAGGAGUACUCCCUGUCGGACUCGCGCUAUCUGACAUCGGACGCAUUCCUGGUCACCAUGGAGGCCGUGACUGCUUUCUGCUGGGGACCCCUGGCCUUCUUUAUUGCCUACUGCAUCGCAGUUCAGCAUCCUGCACGCCAUGCCCUCCAGCUUCUGCUCUCCGUCGGCCAGGUCUAUGGCGACGUCCUCUACUACGCCACUAGUCUGUUUGACCAUUACUUCCACGGAGGAAGCUUCUGUCGGCCCGAGGGUUACUACUUCUGGUUUUAUUACUUUUUCUUCAACUUCAUCUGGAUGGUCGCUGGCUCUUAUUACGCGAAACAAAGUGUAGGGGAGAUAUACAGAGCGUUCAAGAGAGUGCAGCAGUUUGAUUCAUCGCGCAAGAGACAUUAAUUCGGGGCAACGACAU